GUUAAAUUAGACACUUGUUCCGUUAGUAAUAGCACACUCUACCUGACUCACUAUUUCAUUCUCACUUCCUCAUUCUGAGACGAAAACAACACUAGAUACUCACUUCCCUUGUGUCAGAUGUGUGUUUGUGUCUUCUCUUAGCCAAGCCAGGAAUCACACAGGGCGAGAUCCGGAAUGGGAAUCUGAAGACCAUCCUGGGACUCUUCUUCAUCCUGUCUCGCUACAAGCAGCAGCAGCAGCAGCAGCAGCAGUACUACCAGUCCCUGGUAGAGCUUACACACCAGACCACCCUCAAAACGCAACCAGAGAUGCAGUCCAGUCUCACUGCGCGGUAUGGUAGCCCCCCGGGUCACAGCGGAAUAGGAGCAGCACCACAGAAGAAAAACACAAGGUUGCCAGGGCCGACCAGGGUGUCCGCUGCAGGCAGCGGGGCCCCCAAGGGCCAAGGAUCCUCCAACCUCAACAGGAGGAGUCAGAGCUUUAACAGCAUCGAUAAGAGCAAGCCUCUCCAGUAUGCUAGUGGCAAUGACAGAGGUAGGUGAACCUAGAAUCAGGUAGAAGCAGACC